GAUAUUAAUAAUAUUAUCAUAUUACUAUUAUUCAUAUUCUACAACGAUCCAGACUUGCCUGACCAGUGACACUGACAGUGUGACUGAAGUGAAGUGUAACUCAAACUGUGACUACUGACACUACUGUGACUCAGUCUUUACGCAUUUCCUUUGAACAAAAAUAUGUAAAACUCAAAAGAGACUGAGUUUAAUACGAGUCAUACCUGUAGCUAAGACCAUUCUUAUGAAAUUCUUUUCAUGAUGCAGAACAAUCAUUAAGGAAGUCUAGACAUGAUUAUUUUAUGAACUUUUUAAUUAUUUUUUUUUUAACAUUGAGGUUUAAAUUUGUAAGUAAUGUCGUGGCUCUCAGCUGUCACUGGUAAAGCUGAGGAUUUUCUUAAUAAACUUGACCGGUCAGCAGCCGAUGUUUUGCAUGUGGAUGAACCAAAAGCUAAAGUUAAACCUGAGCAACCUCCUGUUCAGGUGAUAAAUGAACCACUCCUUUCACCUUCUCUAACACCUUCCCAGAGUGUUCCAGCAAGGUUGAAUUUUUUAAAAGAGGACACGGAAAGGUCCAAAACUCCUUCUCAUACCAAUACUUUAGCAUCUUCCCCGCUGCAACAAGCUCCUGGAAAGAAUGUGAAGAAAAAAAAUUCGGAUGAAGCCCUGUUUGAUUUUCUCAAUAGUAAAGAAUCUUUGGAGGCCAGUAAGAAAAGACGCACCCCAGUUAGUAGUCAACACCAUUCCAGGCAGUCCAGUACAUCUUCCCUUGUGUCUGCCACAUCAAAAGGAACUAAGCUUGAAGGAACUGCUGUCAUAGGUUCUGAUGCAUCAACUGCAUUUACACCUGUUACACAGAUAAAACUACCAGCAGACUCCACAGAUGAUGGCCCACGACAAGACAGUCCAACGAAUUCUCACACUUCUGCUGACCUAGAGGCCAUUGCUGAUGCCAUGAAAGAAAGUCCUGCUGGGAGUGACCAGAGUGCCCCUGAUAGUGACCAUGCUGAUAUGGGGGCUGGAAAUAAAGACAGGCAGCUUUCAUCAUUAGAACUUGAAAACAGGCUCCUACGCAAUGAAGUGGCUUCCUUAAAUGAUGAAAUGGCAAGUGUGAUCACACGAGCUAAAGACGCAGAAACAGAAUUGAAAAGAGCUAAAGAGAAGUUGAAAGCUCAGCUCAACUCUGCUUCAAUGCAUGACCAGCUAGUACGAGAGCUUCAGUCGCGAGAACUGGAUCUGACAGAAGCUCUGAAAGCCAAAGAUGCACAACUUGCUGUGCUGCGAGUCAGGCUGGAAGAAGCAGACAAGCGUCUGUUAAGUAAGGAGAAGACACUGGAAGAAGUGAAACUGGAACGGGAAAGAAUAUUAAGAGAUCACACUGACUCUAGUGGACUUCACAGUCAGGCUUUAGACUCCAUGAAAGAAAAAUUAGAAGAGGUGGAAGCUGCCCUCAGGCGAGAACAAACUGCUUAUAAGCAAGCUCAACAAGAGGCCAGCCAGAGACAAAGUAAACUUGAGCAAGAACAAAGAGCUAUGGCAGAGUCUCUCACUUUAACAGAGAAGAAGCUGUCUGAAGAGAAAAUUAAAAUCACAGAACUCAGCACUCAGAUAAAAGUGGCUAAAUCUGCAGCAGAUUCUGCUAGAAAAGAACUAACUGAAUACAAAGACAAGGCUGCAAGAAUCUUGCAGUCUAAAGAGAAGCUUAUAUCAAGUAUGAAGGAUAGCAGCAGUGGUAUUGGAGAUACAGGAGCUGGAGUAUCAAUGCUUGAACAUGAGUCUCUGAGACAAGAGAGAGAUAUGCUGAGGGAAGAGUUGCAGCAGGCUAAACUGACCAUUGACAAUCUUAGGACAGAAUUACAGGAUUUAGAAACUCAGCUCCAGUUGGACAGUGACACAACUCAAGAGACCAUCAGAUCUUUGGAGGAUUCUUUAAGGGAGGAGAAGAGAAGGAAGGAAGAUGCUGAGCAAGAGUUGUUGAAACACAAGCAGGAACUUCAGUACACCACAGAAGAAUUGUACAAACAAAAAACAGCAUUUCAGUCAAGAAUUUCUGACAGAGAGACAGAAAUAGAAAAAUUAAGAAAUCAGCUAAUGACUAAAAGCAUGAGCACCAGUACUGAGAAUGAGCUUGAAUCUCGUGUCCGUGCUCUAACAGAGAGCCUUAUUCAGAAACAGACUGUCUUGGAGGCCCUAAGCACUGAGAAGAACUCUUUAGUUUUACAGUUGGAGAGAAUGGAGCAUCAAUACAGAGAAUUGGAAAAUGCUGCACCCAGAACUACAUCAACUACACAACUGGUGGCUGUCAGUGACCAUGAUGAUGAAGUGAAACAAAGAUUACCAAUGUUCUUGAGAGAAGUUCCUACAGACCAUGAAGUCACAAGAAGAAUGAAACGAGCAGCAAACUCUAUCGAUGGAUUUAGCAUACGUUUAGGUGUCUUCCUUCGACGAUACCCAAUGGCCAGAGUUUUUGUGAUUCUUUACAUGGCUCUUCUCCAUCUGUGGGUUUUGAUUGUGAUGAUGACCUAUCAACCAGAGAUGCAUGGGUUAGACUACCAGCCUCAGGCUCCCAAAGGAGGGGAAUAACUAAACCUUCAGAGGAUGCAAUUGCCACAAGAUGUAUGGCUCAGAUUCACAGACCUUUCAGGCAACUUUGUGUAUAAAUAAAUGUUGAACAGGUGUUCCUGAGAAGAAGAAAAACAUGGUUCUGAUGUUGACAAUGUAACCAUAUGUGCUGUUUUUUUUUUUUGUUUAAAAAAAAAAAAAAAAAAAAGAUUAUAUUUGCAGUGUAAAUAUCUAACUAUAAAUGACAUUUGAAUCUUGUUCAGUUUCCUCCUUCCUUAACCCAGCUGACUCUUAUGUCAUUCAACAGUGCUUUGGUCAAAUUUGUAUAGAUUGGAACUCCAAGAGAACAUGAGAUUCAGGAUUGGGUUAGUGCUGAGGGAUAAGACAAAGUUUGUUGUUGGAUCACUUGAACAUGUACAGGUCAUCUGGAUUUUUUUUUCAUGUUUUAGUUCAUAAACACUUUUUUUUAACUAUGAAAUGUGAAAAGCAGCUUUUUUUUUUUUUUAAAAUAAAUGUGUAAUUUACACCAUACCUUGACCUUAAUACAAUUUUUCUUACUUUUUGAGCUACAACCUGAUAAAAUGAAACAUUCUAGUAGAUGUUAAUAAUGUUUAUACCUGCUUGUGAAUAUGUGCAUCUAAUACAUAGAGUAGUUAUGUUCCCAUACACUUGAUUUGUUACAUGAAAUAUUAAUAUUUUAUUUCAUCUUGGCUUGAGUUUAAUUUGUUAUAUAUGUAUAUUUUUUUGUUUGUUAUUCUCUCAUAUCAGACUGACCAAUGAAUUAUGCCAUAUUCUAUGAUCAUCUUUAGCUAUAAUGUAAAUAACAUGCAGACUUGAUCCUUGGCUCCCGUGGUUCUGAGCAAUACAAGUAAUUGAAUUGAAUAAUAGGUACCUUUUCCUUAUCUCACACUGUACCGCCACUGUCUAUUCAAACGUCAUCAAUGCUCUUAACACAUAUUUAACUACUUUACUCUUUGAGCUGUUAAUUACAAAUAAAUGAAAUUUCACAAAUUUACAUUGAACAUUCACAAAUAAGAUUGAUUGUUGGAGAUUUUCAUGAGAAACCAACAAACACUAAAUGGAACUUCACUGUAGCCAACUAAAAAAAAAAAAAGAGUAGAGCUACAAUUUGUAAAAUGUUCCCAUGCAUAGCAGUUGAUCAUUCAUAUCAACUUUCCCUACUUACCACUAGUUAGUUGCCCAUUUGUUUUCAAAUAGAUGUCAGUCAUACAAUGAAAACCUAAUGCUUUAUCCAUAUAGAAAUUAUUUUUUGCUAAAAAAUGGAGGAACUUAGAAAAUUUGAUUCUGCAGUGAUAAAAAGUGCAAAAAUAAUUCAUACUUUUUAAUAACAUUAGUUACUGUACACUUUAUUUAUUUUGUACACCAGAUAUAUCAGAGUUUUUAACUAAAUGGUUUUUUGUUAAAGUGUAUUGAAAUAGUGUCUAAAAAGCUUGUGCAACUUAGAAUUUUCAACUAUUGAACAUGAAUAGUUAACUUAUGAAUGGAAUGCUUUUGAAUUCUAGUAAAGGCUAGGAUGUUCUGUAUGGCAUUAUCCCACCCAGCUUUAAGAGGAACCUGACAUUUGCACUGGAAAGUAACCUUGGAGCAAACGGAUUUGUCUUACUAGGAAAUUUUUCUUUCAAGAAUUUGCACAUACAAAUCUAUACAUACUUGACUUUUAAUAACCUAUCACAUCUGGGCAGUAAUGUAAAUACAUUGUAUUAUUUGAGGUCGUAUUUGUUACUGUGAUAAUAUUAAACAAAAACUGUCUUUGACUCUUAGCAUGCUUAGUGUUGCUAUAGCAACAGACAUUUUUUAAUUUUUUUAAAACUUAUUUUGAUUGCAAUGAGAUGCAAAGGAAAAUAAUUGUUUAUGUUUUGUCAAAAUAAUUUCUGCCAAUGUUAUAUGCAUAGAUUUGUAAUGCUGUGGGAAUAACUUCAAUAAAAGUUUAUUCAUUCUU